AAUCGAAUGGUCAGCAGCAGUUUCCGAGCUUGAGAGACAGAGAGUAGAUCUACGAGUCAACUAAACUUACUUCGAACACAGGCAACAAGGCAAUCGACCUCUGUUAGCUGUUUGAAAUAGGUGCAUCGUUGCCCUUGUUGGAUUUUGGUAGGAGUUGCGGAUUCGGUUGUGAUCAUGGAGAAAGAUUUGGAUGCCUUGAUGAAUAGCACGAUGUCCGAACGUGGCGUGGUCGGUGUGCUGUGCGCCGAUAAAACUGGACUAACUCUUAGCACUCAGGGCAAUGGCGUGGGUAGUGCAUCUGGUCUGGUCCACUCGCUUGCCACCAAGGCAGCAACGCUAUCACCGCCCGGCAGUGCUCAACCAGUGGUUGCCGUAGAGACCGACUCGGGCAACAUCCUUAUCCAGCACAAUGGCAAUGCUACUGUCGCUGUUCACAAAGUCCAAUAACAGCCCGUCAUACUCUUCCAACUUCAGUUCCCGCCCUUCAUCAUCCAUCUCCAACAAUAGGGCGCAUGAGCACAAAACCUUUAUACGAAUACUCCAUGUUGCCUCCUAGGCUUUAUGAUACCAUCAUUAUUUUACAGUUGACUUAAAAAAUUCAGUGACUCGCUAAUACAUCUUCUCUGCUUGGAUUACGGUGAAGAAAGAUACCUACAAUGUAAACGGGUCAGAACAUCUUCUUAGCUUUUGCUAGCCAGUAUUUUCAUUAUUUUUUGAUUUGUACAUAUUGGACUUGGUUCUUUCUUUCUUUUUUAAUGUCAUCGUCACCCUGUUGUAUUCUUCUGUUACUAAUACUUACUAUGAGUGUUAUUAUACGGUGCGAUGUGAAGUUUGCUUUGUUGUUUUUUGUUGAAGUAGCCAGCACUAGCAGUUGGUUCCAUUGA